AUGAGCGUAUUUAAGACCAUCAAACUCGGACUGAGACCAUAUUAUAUUUCUUUUUCCCAUCUGGGACUCUCAUGCUGUCUGAAUGCUUUGUCUCGCAAUAAUAAAAAUCACAACUUUUGGGCUUCCAAUCAGUUUCGGUCAUUUUCUUCUGGUUCAGUAAAUAAUAUACUUUGGGAGCUCAUAAGGACAGUUGCAAGCACAGGAUCUAUAUCUCCCAAGAGUAUUGCCGUAAGAACUGAUCAUAAAAGUUACACUUACCAUCAACUGAUCUUAUCUGCUCGGAAGAUAUCAAGUUUGUUAUGUAAUGCUGAUUUGAAAAAUGAUGUAGCCAUGAUUCUGAGUACUGAAGAUCAUCAAGAACUUAUGAAAACCGUUACAGCUAAAACCAGUGCUCAGUCAUCUCUACUUCCUAAUGUUUCAAGUAUAAAUUCAGACCCUACUGAGCAUGAUGACCUGAGAAAUGGAGAAACAGAUGGUGAUAAAGUCUCCAAUGACAUAAAUGGUGAUGACCCAGCAUUGAUUAUAUACACCAGUGGUACAACAGGUAAACCGAAAGGAGUUGUCCACACACACAAAGGGAUCUUCGCACAGGUUCAAAUGUUAACAGAUGCAUGGGGAUAUACGGCCAGCGAUCAAUUCUUGCACUGUCUACCUCUACAUCAUAUCCAGAAUUUUGUCGCUUUUCCUUUGUCAAAAAUUGAAUUCAUGCCAAAAUUCAGUGUGAGAGGAAUCUGGCAGAGAUGGCGUGAAUCUUAUUUAAGUGACGAAACCAAAGCUGAUGAUGCUAUAACCGUGUUUACAGGAGUUCCGACCAUGUACACACGUCUACUACAAGGGUAUGACGCUAUGGAUCCAGACUCACAAGCUGCUUCUGCUUCAGCUGCAAGACAGUUGCGUCUCAUGAUGUGUGGCUCCUCUGCUCUCCCUCUUCCUGUUAUGCAACAAUGGGAAACCAUCACUGGACAUCGCCUUUUGGAAAGAUAUGGCAUGACUGAGUUUGCCAUGGGAAUUUCUAAUCCCUUAAAAGGUGAGCGGAAAGGAGGCACUGUUGGCAAGCCACUUCCAGGUGUGCAGGCCAAAAUCGUUGCAGAAGAUGGUAGCAGUGAUACGGAGGUGGGCGAACUUUACAUUAAAAGUCCUUCUCUAUUUAAGGGAUAUUGGAAGCUUCCAGAGGUUACUAAGGAGUCAUUUAGUGAUGAUGGAUUUUUCAAGACUGGAGAUUCUGCUAGAAUGGAUGAAGAUGGAUACUACGUCAUUUUGGGACGUACUAGCGCUGACAUUAUGAAGGUUGGUGGAUACAAGUUAUCAGCGCUAGAAAUUGAAGCAGUUCUUUUAGAGCAUCCAGCUAUUGCAGAGUGUUGCGUGUUGGGUUUACCUGACAAAGACUAUGGGGAAGCUGUGUGUGCAAUAGUUGUGCCUGCGGCAGAGCUGAAAAGAAAACGGGACGAGGAGUUGAAGCCUGCUCUAACUUUGGAAGAACUUUCCAUAUGGGCUAAAGUGAAACUUGCACCCUACAAGAUACCAACCCGCUUGCUACUGUGGAAUGCACUACCCCGGAAUGCUAUGGGGAAGGUAAACAAGAAACAUCUUAAGAAAAAGUUUGCUGAUGAUAAACAAUGA